GCCCAGCAACAGCGGGAGGGGCCGCGCGCUGCACCUGGGCGCGAGGCGCUGCGCAUUUAAAGGCCCGCUCAGGUGUGGGCGCCUGGAGACUGCUGCUACUGCUGCUACUGCUGCUGCGACUGCUGCGAACACGCGGGUACCUCUCCACUGCUGCUGCUGCACAUCGCUCGCGCGGAGAUGGCCGACGGGGUGGACAUGGCGUCCGUCGAGGAGACGUUCAGGAGGUUUGCCGUGCACGGCGACACGAAGGCGAGCGGCAAGGAGAUGAACAACAAGAAUUGGGCGAAGCUGUGCAAGGACUGCAAGGUGAUCGACGGCAAGGGCGUGACGGGCACGGACGUGGACAUCGUCUUCUCCAAAGUCAAGGCCAAGUCGGCUCGCACCAUCACCAUCACCGAGUUCCACGCCGCGAUCGCCGAGCUCGCGCCCAAGCGCUUCAAGGGGCGGAGCGCCGAGGAGGCGCUGUCCGCGCUGCACGCGCUCCUGGCGGGGGCUGCUCCGGCCAACACCGGCGUCACGAAAGCGGCGGCGGUGGGCGGCGUGGAUCGGCUCACGGACGCCUCCAAGUACACGGGCUCGCACAAGGAGCGCUUCGACGCGGACGGCAAGGGGAAAGGCAAGUCGGGUCGCGCCGACGCCGCGGCGAACUCGGGCUACGUGGGCAACUACAAGGGCGUGGGGACCUACGGCGACAAGGUGGCCAAGUGAGCGGGAGCGCCCCCAGCCCCCGCUCUCCUCCCCCCCCCGCCUCUAAAUGCCCCUACGCUCCUUCACAGACACCCACCGCUGUGAAGAAAGAGCUUCAUAGCUCAUCGGAUUCCUCCAGUCUAAAUAAAGAUUCUGAUACCGAUCCACAGGCGCCAACUAUGCACCUCACCGCGCCCCACCUCACCCUCCCAAGGGCCCCCACAGCCACGCGCGUGCACGGGUGACACGCACGCGCACGGGUGACACGCACGCGCACGGGUGACACGCACGCGCAUGGGUGCCACGCACGCGCGCGGGUGACACGCACGCGCACGGGUGACACGCACGCGCACGGGUGACACGCACGCGCACGGGUGACACGCACGCGCACGGGUGACACGCA